GGAUUCGUCGCAUACCCACAGUAGCGAGAACACCCUUUCUUCAGGUGUGUCCUACGAAAAAACUCGUUGGUUCGGUUAUAUUUACAUCGGUACCGAGGAGAUUCGGUCUGGAUGUUUUUCUUUCCGGUAUCCUUAUGAGCUGCAUGCGCGCACCCGCGACAUAAUGAACCGCAGUCCCGAUAUCUAGGGCCUCUUCAGAUGGCAAGCGCUACUCUGUGGUGGUACGGAGAAGGAAGGUUUGCUUUCACCGGUUCUGUACAGCGAAUGCAGCUGUUUUUGUUUCACACCACCGGCUGACUCCUCGGACGGAACACUUACAGCACGAGUCAGGAACUAAGUUUUUGUCGGCAUAUUCCUGGAGGUCCUAAGAGCGCGCCUGCCUCCAUGAUGAUCCGUAUUUCUGGCCACGUCUGCGGCGGCGGCCGUCCCGGAAUUCCUCGAUGGAAGAGCGUUCUUCGGAAAUACAUUGCAUCCUUUUGCUUUUUUGUGGCAUGUAAGACGUGGCCGGGGUUCGUGUCCUGCUCCAUAUGGCGACCACAGGGGACACCGGAGGUAGGAAGUCUCGGUCACGAUGCCGCAGACACUGCAGCGGCCGAGGCUGCCCGCGAUGUCUUGUCCGCGUGGUUGCAAGAAGUAAAGAGCUUGAUAGAAACAGCAGCAUACGGUGUACGUGGAGUUGCGAACGACGUGGUUGAUGGGCACAUCGUUGAGGAGGCUCUAGGGAUGACAUACGACAUCCAUGACCAGCUCCAGAAGCGGAUAGCCGAAGAGGCAAAAGCGUCCGAGGUUCGUAUUGCCCAGGCGAGGGAGAAAGCCAGCCAGAUCCUUGAAAGACUUCAGAAACUGGAUCUCUCUUCCAUAAGUUCCUCAAUUCAGCAGGUACCGGCUAGAGAGCUCCGAGAGCUCCUCUCUCUGUUGGCGGUGCCUCGGAUGCCCUCACUUUCCUUACCUCAAAUCAGCAUAAGCUUCAACAAAGACCCAAACUCCGAAACAGAUGAAAAUAACCAAGACAAAGGUGCGGAAGAGGCACAACGACCGAAACAAACGGCCUCAGAUGCAACAGCCGAAGACGUUGAGGCGGAAAUCGACAAGAGUCAAGUCCCUCCCAGCGACGACAUUGUACAGAGCACCUCAGAUGUUUAGGAAGGAGCUCCACGGGUAAAGCGACUAGAGAAACGGUCGGAUUGACGCUCAAACAAUGUAGGAAGUCAGUCUAGAAUACUAGAUCAAACACGCGGUGGUCCCAAUAUUUUGCACGUGUGUGCCAAUGGAGCCAAUGAACACAACAAUAGAGACAGAGGGGUUAACUUAACCCGUUCCUUGUUGACCGUGCUGUCUUACGGAACAUAGGUUCUGAGGGAUACUUCAACCUCUGUACAGCAUAACUUCAUCAUAAGCAUUCAGGUUUUUUCGGUCAAAAGGCGUGUGAACUUUCACACACGCAUGCAGCAUGUUGCGAGCGAGUUUGUUCGCCAUCAGGGAUUUUCGAGGGAAGAUUGUUUUCCCUGCAGAUGGUGUCAGGAGUUCGUAAUGCACCAGCCACCGCCUGCAGAUCAAGAUGCUGGUGCAGCUGCAAGCUCCUCGCCCCUUGCAAACGUACAAAAGAAGCAGACUGUUUUUUUUUUGUCGCGAAUAGCAGGCACGACGUCGUUCGGAGCCCUUGUUCUGGCUAGGGGAGCAUACUGCUCGACAACUACAUUGCUGGGAUGAACCAAAUGUUCUCUUGUGAUCAGGCCUCCCUGUGAGUCAUUUUGGCUUAUUCGUCAUCGAUCGGAGUGGAGAUGCUCAAUAACACUAAAUUAGUGUCGUUCCUGCAUGCAGGGAAGUUUGGAGCCGGAACUGACGUAGCUUGUGUGAGUAAAUAUCGUGGAGGCAUGCGUUACAGCGUACGUUGACGUGUAAGCAGAAUCUGUACAUUUUGAAAAUGUCAAACAGUUGCUCUGCACUUACAGUGGAGCAGAGUACAGCUCUCCCGCUGACUAUGUAUGUGCGCCUGCGACGAGACAUUUGUGUUUGCAAACACAGUCGCAACGGCCAAAUCAAUUCUCAACGCCAUUAAUUAUUUGUUUGGCCCUCAUUAGGCUGGCAUCCAUUGUAUAAAGCGUUCGUCCACUGGCCACCAGAGGUGGCAUGCAGUGACGUCUCCGAUAAAAAAUUGCUUUGUCUCUGAGGUGCAACUGGUACACAUCGGCAAAAGUGUGAAUUGCUCGGUAUGUAUACAGUGUACUGUGGUUUUUUCUGUAGACGGUUGUCUGCUGCGCAACUUUUUUAAUUAGUGAAGCUGAGUGGCACACGCA